ACAAUGAUAUCCAAACAAAACAAAUAGCUAUUCAUCAUUAUCAUCAUCAUAUCCUUCAUCAAAUUCUCUCUCUCUCUAUAAAUCUGUAUCCAUACAUCAAUAAAAAUACCAUAAAAUAAUAUAAACAAAGCCAAUGGAUCUUGCCAAUUCUUCCAAUGUCAUCUUCCACUAUAACUUCUUUUCAUCUGCAACAUCAGCACCAUUAUUGCCUUCCUUGUCAUUGGGAACAUUGUUCUGUAAUCUGAUGUCAUCACCAUCAACCAGCCCUUUGUUUAUUAACUCCAUUGAUGCCCAUUUUUCUGCUCAAGAUUCCAUUUAAGUUCAUAAAUUUUUAAUCUUUUCUUGUUUUUCCUUCACUAAUUCUUGCAAAGUUCAUAUCUUUUUCAACUUUCUUGAAGAAAGAAUGUUGCUUUCAUCACUUCCUGGAUUCUCUCAUCAACUCAGUGAAUUGGAGAAGAAAUAGUGCAUAUGGCAAUAUGGGUUUAUUCUGAAUUACCAUAUUCAGGUAUGGUGAUUACAAACCCAAAACAAUGACCGAUUUCGCUACUCCGGCUGCCUUACAAGUGCAAAACAAGCGGAAAUCGAGUAUUUCGCCGGUGACAAACAUCUCCAACGUUAAAUCGCAUGAUUUUAGUCCAUCAAAAUCCUACCAGGAGGUUCUUAUUGCUGCAAGAGAAAAGUUUACGCAACAGAUAUCUUUUCGGUCAAAGGACAAAGAUAUAUCCCUUGCUAAGACUUUGCUAUAUAUUGCAGCCGAAGAUGAAGCGUUUAUGGCUCAUAACCGUGAGAUGGAUACGCAUUCGUUCCAAAACGAAAGGAACGAUACCAAUGUAUUGUCGGAUCGCCGAGAUUGGGACUGCAUUGAAACUAUGCCUAUGGCAGGAAAGAAAAUUGAUGAUUGGCUAUUAGAGUUAGACAACAUAGCGAACGAAGUUAAAGUCGAAUUGAGUUCAAGAGACAUAGGGUGCCAUUUGGUUGAAGUUUUGGAGGCAGUGAACAAAGUUCUGUUUGAAUCUAUAGGUUUCAGAAGAUCACCUAUUGUAGAUUCAAAAUGUUCUUACUUGCAUUCGGUUUUAUCCUCAAAAUAUGGCAGUGCAAUUUUGCUUAGCAUAAUAUAUAUUGAGAUUUGUCAAAGACUUAAGUUGACCAUUGUCGGGUCUCGGGUCGGUGAAGACUUCUUGAUUUGGCCCAAAACAGGGAACCCAGAGGAGCUUUUUAAGGUAAAUUCGGGACAUAGCUUAUUUGGGAUUGUUAACGGGCGGUGUGUUGAGGACCCGAAAUCUAUGGCGUCUGACUUAACCUGCAAUUCACUUCCGGGUCUUGACAUUGCUACGAAUCGGGACAUAAUAGGGAUAUAUCUUGCUAAUUUGAUACGGCUUCAUUGGAAACGCGCGUCAAGAAUGAACCAUGGAUUGAUGUUGACUUCUCCGCUCAGACGACUCCAUGAUGAGAGUAAAAUCAAUGGUUCUACUAGCAUGCCAUUGUUGCGCCCUCAAGAUCUUAGGUUGGCGAUCAUGGCGUCAGAAAGACUGUUGAUCCUGCAGCCACAUAACUGGGCUUUGAGGCGGGAUCACGGCAUGAUGUGGUACUAUAGCAGGGAUUAUGGGAAGGCGGUUCAAGAGCUAAGUAUAUGUAUGGCGUUUGCACCCGAAGAAGAGGCCGAAGUCCUGGAACCGUUUGUGGAGAAGUUGCAUUUGUUGCAACUUGAGUCUUCGUGGAAAUCUCGAGGACAUAAAGGACGCUUAACGGUUCCGUAGAUGAUAGACUCGUGUUUGUUUUGUUUGUACAAAAUGUGACUCAUGGUCUAGCUUCAUCAAGUGCUUAGCUUCAAGGAUAUUAUCGAGUUGUUAACCUUGAAAAAUAUAAGGAUGUGUAGUGUACUACCUAGCUUCCACCUUGUUUCACUUGUAAUGUAUUAUAUUUACUUCAAGAGGAUAUUUGCACAUGUAUCAUUCUAAAUUGAAGCCCCCCCCCUCUAUAUA